AUGUAAGGUUGAGAGGAAAUAUCCUAGAAAUUUCUAUAUAUUUACUAUUGUUUAAGAGAAAUGUCUCAGAAAUUUCAAGCCAGAAAAAUGGUGGAAUUGUUUCAAAUAAUCUCAUACAAGUCGUCACUCUCCGAGUCUCUGAAGAUCGAUGGUGGAACUGUUUCUAAAUCAAAACAUAUAUAUGGCUUUGUGUUUCCAACGGAGAACAGCUUGGGUACCUGUUUCUUUAUUAUUCCAAGCUUCAUUCAUUCUCUCUCUCAUUCUCUCCCGAACGUCCAUACCAGAAGCUAAAAACAUAGCAGCAACCGUGAGUGCUAUCAUAGAUGUUAAAGCUGAAGGAUGCGCAAUACAUACUGUUGAAAAACCAGUGAUAAUCGGAGUUCCACACAACACCUUUUCUGAGCAGUUUGUAAAUAUACACCGGUCCAUCAAGAACCCUAAUGAGAAGAUAUACGGUGGUUUUUGUAUUGAUGUAUUUAAGGAGGCGAUGAAGGAUUCGACCACAAAUUACUCGUUUGUGGAGGUCAAUGGCACCAACGAUGAUUUAGUUAAUAGUGUCGCUGACGGGACUUUGGAUGGUGCCAUUGGUGAUAUAAUGGCAUUUGCUUACCGUUCGAAGGACGUAAAAUUUACUCAGCCAUUUACUUCGUUAGGUAUGACCAUGGUGGUUCCAAUGAAUCUCCAAGCUCCCAAUGGAUUGAUAUUUUUGACCCCAUUAACCAAGGAAGUGUGGUUAGCCAAUUUGGUGAUUUUGAUGUACACCAUGUUUAUAGUUUGGGUCAUGGAGCACCGCACCAAUCCCCAAUUUCCUAGGGAUCAACUCGGCAAUAUUCUUUGGUUCACCUUUUGUUCGCUAUUCUUUUCCCAAGGGGAAAGGAGUAACCGCAACUAUACUCGAGUGGUGGUGGUGGUGUGGUUUUGUGUGGUUUUCUUCAUGGUACAAGGCUACGCUGCCGGUCUCUCUUCUAUUCUCAGUGUGCCACCACUCCCCAAUGUUGACUCACUCAAGGAGAGCAAUGCCAUAAUUGGAUGUUUUAGCAAUGACAUUAUAAGGAAGUACUUGAUGAAUGUACUUCAUUUCAAAAAAGAGAACAUCAGGGACGACAUUAUUGCCACCCAAUCUGCGUACGUGGACGCUCUCAAGAGUGGCAGAAUCUCAGCGGCAUUUCUUCAAGCCCCUUAUGCAAAAGCUAUUGUCCAACAAUGCGGGGACCGACUUAUGAUCACAGGACCAACUUAUGAAUUAGUAGGAUUUGGCUUUGUGUUCCAAAACGUUUCUCCCAUAGCUGCCAAUGUUUCUGUAGCCAUUCUAAGACUAUUGGAAGAUGGCUUUAUUAACAAACUCGAAGAUAACUACUUCCGUACUUCUUUGGAUUGUUCAGACUUCCAAACUACCAGAAACAACGGUAGCUUGAGCCUCCAGAAGUUUUGGGUGCUAUACCUCUUCUACGCUGUCAUAUCCACCAUUUGUUUACUACUAUUCAUCAAGAAUGAAGUUCAAGAAGGCAACAUCACACUCACUUGGGCAAGUGUUCGGAACAAGAUACGUCGACUCAAGCACCUCUUGACCAAUGCAGUUUCAAGGGCAAGGGCAAGUGUUUGGAACAAGAUACUUGGACUCAUCCAUUUCUUGAAAAAUGCAGUUUCAAGAGAUACCGCGGCCAGGGCUCCAAGGUCAGAUCACGUGCCAAAUGAUACUGAAAUGGUUCAAACACUUGGUUAUGUUGUUUAGCUACCUAUAUAAAAAUAAGAACAACUGGUUAAUUUUCUGUUCAUAAUAUAUGCAUGCCAAUACUUCAAAAUCCCUCUAAACUAUAUUGUUGUCAUCAUUUUCUAGUAUAAAUAAAUAUGUGUACUCUAGAUACAAAGUUUACCAAUAGCCUACUUCAUUUUUUGUA